UUUGCUCGUUGCUUGCCCUUUCGUUUCAAGUUUUUGUUAUUCUUAUUGUUGUUGCUGUUGUUGUGCUACCCGCAUUGUUCCAGUUACAACAAUUACACCGCUCUGUCUCUUUGUGAGUCCGUGCGAGAGGAGCGAAGAUGGCCGAAACCAUCAGCACGGCAGCCAACAGCAUGGAGCUGGCUCUUAAAGACAAUGGCCUGAUAGUCGACAUGACGCCGGCGGCUCUGCUGCAUCACAAUGCGCUGGCAGCGACGCAUGCGCACGCAUUGCGCAGCCUGAAGGAGGCCAGCGCCUGCAGUCGGAGCGAGGAAGCAGAUCAGCCAGAAGCGCGUUCCCCCACUCCCACGCCCACAAAUCUGACCACUGCACCUUCGCCGCCCAUGACAUUCCGAUGCGAGCGCUGUGACAAUUUUGAGACCAGCUCGAGGGCCUCUUUGCUGCUUCAUGUGGUGCAGUGCCUGGCCGGCCAGGCGGCAGUCCGGCUGAAGACCGAAGAACAUAGUGAGCCCGAGAACAUGAGCGUCAAUCACAUCAUGGACACAACGCCGGCGGGCAAGACAACAGUGGACACCUCCGGUGGAUCACUGGUGGUCAACAAUGGCGGUGGCAACGGUGGCUCAAAUUCAUCUUCUUCAUCAUCGCCGGCAGGCAACGGUAAUGGCAGUUCCGCGAGUAAUGCCGCCUCACGCAAGGUCUUCGAGUGCGAUGUGUGCAACAUGAAAUUUUCGAACGGCGCCAACAUGCGACGCCACAAGAUGCGCCACACAGGUGUAAAGCCGUACGAGUGCCGUGUUUGCCAGAAGCGAUUUUUCCGCAAGGACCAUUUGGCUGAACAUUUUACCACGCACACCAAGACGCUGCCCUAUCACUGCCCCAUCUGUAACCGCGGCUUCCAGCGUCAAAUUGCGAUGCGUGCACAUUUCCAGAACGAGCAUGUGGGCCAGCACGAUUUGGUUAAAACAUGUCCUCUAUGCAGCUAUCGAGCCGGUUCUAUGAAAUCUCUGCGCAUUCACUUUUUCAAUCGGCAUGGCAUUGAUCUGGACAAUCCGGGUCCGGGGGGCACCUCUUCCCUGCUCUUGGCAUUAGAAUCGCAGGCGUCAGCUGCUGCGGCCGCAGCUGCAGCUAGCUAUGUGCCUGGACUUAAUCCUGUUGCAGCGGCAGUGGCGGCCGCAGCGGCCAACAGUGUCAAUAAUGUCAACAAUGUACCGCCCAGUCAUCAGAGCGAUAGUGGCGAAUCGUUGCGCUCUCUGGAAAAUGCGACGCCACCCAUGCACUUCCUUACGCCUCACGUGGAGAUCUCGACACUGAAUGAGAAUGGAGCAACGGAGCUUUUUAAUCUGAUUUGCGUUUUGCGUGAAUCUGCAUUGCAGGGCAACAACAACAACAAUAACAACAAUGGCAGCAAUAACAAUAACAACAGCCAGCUGGGAAAUGGCAUUGGCAAUGUCAAUGGCAGCGGCAGCGGCAGCGGCUUGGAGUUGAAUGGAGGUGAUCACAAGACUAAGGAGCGUGCUUUAAUUUUACAGUCGCCGGUCUCGCUGACACCGCAGGAUCUUCCCAUGGACUGCAACACGAAGGCCACACCCAUCUCAUCAAGCACGAGUCUCAGCAGCCUUAAGAGCCAUCAUCAUCAUGAGAAUCAUAUAACGCCCUCGAUCAGUCUAAUUCCGAUCAAACAGGAGCCGCUCAAUGAGGAUCCGGACAAAGUAACUCUCAAGGAGCAAAGUAAUGGCGGAGGAGCUUGUUUGAUAGCUGGCGAUGCCAACAGUGACUCAGAAUACUCUUCCUCCAAUAACAAUAGCAGCAGCAACAACAACAACAAAAUCACCUCACUGAUCAAGGUCUCGCCACUUAAAUCGCUUCUCCGUGAGGAUCUGAAGCGUCGCAUCUGUGCCAAGGCCAAUAAUCGCAUCACUCGCAAUGCGCCGCCUCUUGAAAACAAUAAUAAUAACACCAUGCCGAACACAAUGAGCGGACCCAGCGUCACGCCUAAUCCUCAAGGUCCAGCCAGUGGCAACUCGACGCCAAUCUGCAACGGCACCAUCACAUCGACAGGUCAAGAGAGCGAUCUGCUACUUAGUCGGAAGCAAAUACUCACAUGUCACUUUUGCGGCAUCGAGUUCCCCGAUGAGACACUCUAUUUCCUCCACAAGGGUUGUCACUGUGAGAGCAAUCCAUGGAAGUGCAAUAUCUGUGGCGAGCAGUGCAACAAUGUCUACGAGUUCAACUCCCAUUUGCUGAGCAAGAGUCACCAAUAGCAGCCAAAGUGCUCCGGCGGCCACAACGCAGCCGGAAUGUAAUUGCAAACAAAAGUUUGAGUAGAAUCCCAGAAUUAAAAGCGAAUUUAUCGCAUUAUUUCCAAACCCAAGCAGAGGCAACGUAGUAAGAAGUAUUCUGCAUAGUUAAUGCUCAGAGCUGACAACGGAUUACCGUUAAUUGCUCUAAAUAUUAUUUUAUGUUUGUGUGCAAAAUGAAAAAUCAAAAAUUAAGAGAGCUACGUAGUUACCUUAUCCCAAAAUUAAAGGAACGACAAACGAACCGUGAAACAUAAAAACCCUCCCUAUCCUGUUAUGUAGUGUAAUCUUAGGUUGUAGUGUAGUGUAAGUAGGAGGUGUCUCAUAGACACCAAAAUACAAAAACACUCGAGUACUUGGCAAUAAUUUCCAAAUCAAAGAUUAAACGCCUCCAGUUCAACUGGCAGAGCGUAUUACGAAACGUAAUGUGAAGUGACGUAACGUAACGUAAGGCGAUGUAAGGCAACAAGUUAAUCAAAGCCAAAACGCCUCAAAGGUGGCAAGGAUUAGAAAAAAGCCCGUAUGAAUACAUACAAACAGUUGAAGGGGCAAAGUUAAAUCGCCUCUUUGUAUCGCAGCAAAGGCUUUAAAUUUGUUAUGUUUUCAGAGUUUAAUAGAACAGAAUGAACAAAGCUUAAUUAUAUUAUUAAAUAUACAUACAAGCAUACACACAUAGCGACCGUUCAAUGGCAAUAUACAACACAGAAACCGUUAAAUACAUAUACAUAUAGUAUAUGUAUAACCUGUUUAUUAUAUGUAAUUAUACACAGAGAGUCCUCUUUUAAAACACACAAUUUUAGUGAAUUGCAAAAGAUUAGUAACAACUAAAACAAGAAAUAUGCGAUAUAAAAAUUUGAUUAUUAUACUCGUACCUUUUACUUAGUUCUAGUAACUCUAAUGAAUAAUAGACAUUUAGUUAUACAAGUAUAAACAACUAAAUGCAGCGUUUUUAAAAUGCACCAUGUAACAUUUGAUACAUCGCACAGUGCCGCUCAAAAGUAUGCAUACAACAGACGUCAGUCAACACACUUAAAUAAAUAAAUAUAACAUACACACACACAGAUAUACACAUACACAUACACAUAUAGACAAAACGCCACUGUGCAUCAAAGCAAAGAAAUUAACGAGAAAAACAAAUGUGAUACGAAAUUGUUGUAAAUAAUUGGUGACAAAAACAAUUUAAAGAAAAUGAUGUUUAUUGUUUAACAAAACUAUGCCUUAGAUGCCUAUGAUAUAGCAUUAUAUAAACUAUAGUUUAUCUAAAAUCUAUA